AUGUUAUUCUUCAUACUUUCAGUUUUCUUCUUGGUUUCUAUGAAUCUCGUUGAGAUGACCCUUACCAAGUCUCCUACCUACAAACAUCGAAAUAUCAAACGUCAAGGAGGACAAACCAUGAGUUGUUCAUUAUAUGAUGACGCUCAUACUGAAGGAGCAUGGUGUAACCGUUCUCAUAUGUGUGUUGGUGGUUGCGAAGGUCCUUAUAUCACCGCAAAGGAUUGUUUAGAGAUCAAUGAAAAUACCGACGCUUUGGGCACCCCAGUGGUAUCAGGAGUUGAAAUCAUUCAUGUGGAGAGCGUUGUGUGUACUGUUGCUUAUGAUCAUUAUGCUAGGGGAACAAAAGCUUGUAAUACGGAUACUAAGACUUACUCGUGUAAGGGUGAACCUAUGGGCGGAAGUCACGCAAUCUGUCAUAAUUGUCUCGAUACCAGUCGUUUACUUGACCAAAUGAUGAUGGAACACGAAUAA